UAGGAUUUUUUUACUGAAAGUAAAAAUGACUCUGGAGUACCAAGUGACCGUUUCUACCGAGGACGUGGCCUUUGCUGGGACCAUAGAUGACGUGUACAUCACCCUGGUGGGCCAGGAUGGCAGCAGCAAACACGUGAAGCUGGAUAAAAGCAAGUUUGCCUUCCAUAAAGGAGAUGUAUCCACCUUCACUGUGACCUGCUCUGAAGACCUGGGACAGCUGCUGGAGAUCCAUCUUGAAAAACAGGGAGGCAUCAUCAUCAAAGACAGUUGGCUCCCUGCAAAGGUGGAGGUGGAGUCUCCUGAUGGAAAAGUCUACAGUUUUCCCAUCUACCACUGGUUAACAGACAGCAAGAAGCACUUCUUCAGGGAGGGGGCAGCUGUGCUGGACUUCCAGGAGACAAAUCCUCAGAUGAUCAAGACGAGGAAGAAGGAGCUGAAGAAUAAGAAGAAUCUCUACAGGUGGGCCGUUUACAAAGAGGGAACUCCCCUCUGCAUGGAGGCAGAUACCCUGAAGUCUCUGCCCCCGGAUGACCGCUACCCCUUCACCAGGGAACUGGAGUUUGGCUUCACAGCAGUGGCAGCGCUGGCAAAGCUGGGUUUGGAGGCGUGGUCUCAUUGUAUAGACAAGUGGAACAGCAUGAGCGACAUUGAAAAGCUUUUCGAGUGUCACGUGACCUCCAUGUCAGAUUACGCCAUGAAGCACUGGAGGGAGGACGCCUUCUUUGGCUACCAGUUUCUAAAUGGAGUGAACCCGAUGAUGAUCCAACGCUGUAAAACUCUCCCAUCAAAGUUUCCUGUUCCCUCGAACAUGACCUUCAGCAAGUCUCAGCUCACUCUGCGGACUGAAAUGAUGAAAGGAAACAUCUUUCUGUGCGACUACAACAUUCUGGAUGGGGUGGAAACAAACACCAUCAAUGGGAGGAAGCAGUUUCUAGCAGCUCCCUUGGUCCUGCUCCACAAGAAUGAAGAUGAUGAGAUGAUGCCUAUUGCCAUUCAGCUAAAACAGAAACCAGGAAAGGACAACCCCAUCUUCUUCCCCACGGAUUCAGAGUAUGACUGGCUGUUGGCAAAGACGUAUGUGAAGAGCGCAGACUCCAACCUGCAUGAGCUCAACUUUCACCUGCUGCGCACUCACCUGCUGGCUGAGGUGUUUGCGGUUUCUCUGCAGCGCAACCUUCCCAGAGUUCACCCUGUUUACAAGCUCCUUAUCCGUCACACACGCUACACCCUGCAGAUCAAUUUCUUGGCUCGAAAGUCGCUCAUCUCAGAGAGUGGAACUAUUACCCGGUACACAGCAUCUGGUGGAAAGGGCAUGCUGACCCUCUUGGACAGGAGUGUCUCCUCCUUGACCUACAGAUCCCUCUGCAUACCUGAUGACAUUGCUGAUCGCGGCCUGGAAGAUGUGCCCAACUUCUACUACAGGGACGAUGGGCUGAAGCUGUGGAACAUCAUGCACAGGUUUGUACACGACAUCCUCAGCUUCUACUACAAGAACGAUGGCAUGGUCCAGAAUGAUGCUGAGCUGCAGAACUGGAUCCAGGAGAUCUUUGAAAAUGGCUUUCUGAGACGCAGUGAGACCGGAAUCCCACAGAAGUUCACCACUGUGGCUGAGCUGGUCAAGUUUGUUACCAUGGUGAUGUUCACCUGCUCUGCACAGCAUGCCGCUGUUAACACUGGACAGUAUGACCUCUACGGCUGGAUGCCCAAUGGCCCCUCCACCAUGCAGGAACCCCCUCCAACCCAGAAGGGUAAAGCAGAUGAAGCCAGAUUCCUGUCCACUCUACCAGAUGUUCAGACUACAGUACACAUUUUGGCUACCAUCUGGCUGCUCAGUAUGCAGUCCUCUGACGCGCGAUACCUUCAUGAGUUUGUAGAGGAGCAUUUCACCGAGGACUUUCCGAAGUACAAGGUCACCAUGUUCCAGGGAGAUCUCAUUAAGCUCAGUGAAGACAUCAAGAGCAGAAAUGAAAAUCUGAGGUUGCCGUACACCUUUCUGGACCCAAAGCUGGUGGAGAACAGUGUAGCCAUUUGAACUCUGAGAAACCAGUUUGUUUCCACAAAUGGAGAGGCUUCAAUUAAGACUUAGAAACUAAAGUAGCCGUUUUUAUUUUUCACAGGUCUUUGCACAUCCACACAUUCCUACAUUUUUCUGAGUUAGCUUUCGGAAUUCCUACAUAAGAAUUUAAUUUUUCCGUGUUUUUGUGUAUGUGACAAUAAACUUGAUUCUUUCAUUCUAUCACAAAUAUUAAGAACAGAGACUACUUUGAUGGUAAUCAUGGUGGAUUGGUGUUCUAAGAAACAUUUAGAAGUGCAUCUGAUGUACUAACAGUUUGUUCAGGAUGUUUUGUGUCUUUUCUUAAAGACAGCUAGGACAGGCUCCACCCACUGAGAAACAGGGAUUAACGGAUGAAUAUUCGACAUAAAUGACCCCCCAUUCCAUCACCAAUUUCUUAUGGGUCAUGUACUUAUUAUUGAAUCUGUUCUUCUCUGUAAAUGCUAAAACAAUAAACUAAUUAAAC